AAUUAAUCAAAAAGUCAUCACUUUCAUCCAUUCUUCCAAAAAAAAAAAAUUUCAUUAAAGAAAAAAAAAGCCCCAAAUUCAAAGUCUUCCACUUUGCCCAAAUCUAUACUCUUUUAGCUCCUUGUUUUAUUAAUCGAUCUGCUGGGUUGUUUUUUCUGCUUGGAGAGGUGAUGGAAGAUACCAAAUCCGAGGCGCAUUUAACCUCAGCCGCCGCUUUCGUUGAAGGUGGAAUCCAGGAUGCUUGUGAUGAUGCUUGUAGUAUAUGUCUAGAAGCAUUCUGUGAAAGUGAUCCGUCCACGGUGACCGGCUGCAAGCACGAGUUCCAUCUUCAAUGCAUUCUUGAAUGGUGUCAAAGGAGUUCUCAAUGCCCCAUGUGUUGGCAGCCAAUUAGCCUGAAAGAUCCUACCAGCCAGGAACUGCUCGAGGCUGUGGAACGGGAAAGGAGUUUUAGGUUCAAUCCCUCUAGAAAUGCAACCAUAUUUCGUCAUCCAACUCUGGGGGAUUUUGAACUACAGCAUUUGCCGGUCGGGGUCAAUGAUGCUGAGCUCGAGGAGCGCAUAAUUCAGCACUUGGCUGCUGCUGCUGCAAUGGGGCGAGCACACCAUAUUUCGAGAAGGGAAGCUCUGAGGAAUAGGUCAUCAGCUCAAGGUCGUCGUCCACAGUACUUGGUCUUUUCUCAUUCAAAUGAUGAACCCUCCUCGACUGGUCCCAUAUCUUCAUUAUCUCCAACUCAAAGUGAAGGAGAACCGGCCCCUCCGAUCACCGUUGGAUCUCCCUCCUUUCCUGCAAGAACAGCCGGGGAAGAAUCUCCGGCAUCAAUUACUCUACCCUCUGUCCAAGCCUAUCAGCAGCCUGCCUCGGCAUCUAGCUCCAGCAUUCUUUUGGUCAAUGAUCGAGGGAAUUCCUCGAACACUAGGACGUCGCCUAAUAGUCAAGAUAGAGCCGGACCUUCAGAAUUCCAAUCAUUUUCCGAAUCGCUAAAGUCACGGCUCAAUGCCGUUUCAACGAGAUACAAAGAGUCGAUUUCGAGGAGUACGAGGGGGUGGAAGGAGAGAUUCUUCUCUCGCAACACUUCCAUGGCAGAUAUUGGUUCCGAAGUAAGGAGAGAGGUUAAUGCUGGCAUUGCAACAGUCUCUCGCAUGAUGGAACGUCUAGAAACCCGAGACAAUGGAACCAACCCUCCUACCGUAACAACCAGUUUGGAGAACAGUUCUAAUCAGGAACCAAAUCGCUGUCAGAUAUCAGACACGAGUGAAGAAGCUCCUUUGCCCGACAUCAGUGCCGAAGCUUCACGCGCAUCAAGUUCAGCUUCCAAAUAAGAUAUGUUUUUGAAGGAUGUAUUCCAAAUGCAUGGAAGAGAAACAGUUGGUGACUGGGAACUUAUUCAGAAUAAAAAGAUGCUGAAUAAAAGUAAAUAAAGUUAUAAUUAUUCAGAAGUUAGGGAAUCAGCAGAUUUAUGUAAAUGUAUAAUUGUGACUAUGUUUAUUUUAUAAUUUAUAAGCCCUUUAUUGUUAGGUGCUCAAAACUGUUGAAGAUAAUGACAUUCUGAAUACUUGAUUGAGCUUUUAUAAAAGAUUAUAACAUUUUGAACUA